UACUACUUGUUUUACGGUCAUUUUGGUGUUAAAUAUGAUGAUGUUAACACAGACUUUUGUCACGGUGCUCUUUGCCAUUGGUGGGUAUUGCCACAGCAUCAGUCACAGAGACAUAGAGCUUACGAAAUGUUUCGAUACAGUAUGCUGGAAUCCGGAAAAUUAUCCGGCAGAAGAAAUAAUGACCGAACUAUACAAUACGAAUGAAAAUAACAUGGACUUAUUCGGUAAAUAUGAAGAACUGUCCGAAACAGUCCGCUCAGAAGCGGCUUCCUGUAAUCUGUGUAAGCACAUGGCCAGCCUGAGGGUGUCACCAGUGACGCUGCAGGAAGGGGACGAUACCUUCUACGUCGUUAGGACACAGCACUAUCAGCAUAACAUCACCCUUAAUAUAUGUGAAUCGGAGAAGGUGCAGAAAGAGAAAUCCUUAUGCCUGAACACAGGAGACAGCCAAGAAAUUCUGGACAUUAAGAAGGCUUGCGAGCAGAAGUAUAGUAACAUCAAAUUUUUAGUGUACGAUAUGAAAAAUAAGAGUUUUAUAGAAAAAACACUGCAAUAUCCCAGUGCCUGCGUUUGCACCAUAGAGAAGAGUAUUUGAAAACUUUGAAAUGUUGGAAUAAACAGACUAUUGUAAUUUAUAGGUUAAUAUAGUUAUACACAGGUAUUUCCUGUCAUAUUUUUUUCUUCGUGAA